CGAGAUUGUAUUUCGUCGUUGCACUGCUGUAAUGUUUUUAUUUGUUUUCAUCGUAUGUUAUCAUGUCUAACGACAAUGCGUGGCCCGCUGAUGAUGACCUGGAUUUGGCAUUGGCCCUAAACGAUAAUGCGGCACUGCAGGAGCUUCUCGAUCGGCCACAUCAACAGGCACAAAAACCUCAGCAGCAACAAGAACAACAAUAUGCCGGAUUUGAUGAAACCGCAGGUGAUACCUGGAUAUAUCCCAGUAAUUUACCAAUGCGUUGCUAUCAACACAACAUUUCACAAGCCGCCCUCUUUCGGAACACCCUGGUGGUGCUGCCCACGGGACUGGGCAAGACGUUUAUAGCGGCCGUGGUCAUGUACAAUUUGUAUCGUUGGUACCCUCGUGGGAAGAUCAUCUUCAUGGCGCCCACACGCCCCUUAGUCUCACAACAAAUCAAUGCCUGCCAGAAGAUAAUGCCGCUUCCUCCGGAGGACACGGUGGAGUUGACGGGCAAGCUGCCGAGGGCAAAACGCGCUGAACUCUGGGCCAACAAGCGGGUAUUCUUUGCGACACCACAGGUGGUGCAGUCCGACAUGCUGGACUCGGGCGAAAAUGAUGUGCAGUUUCCGUUUGGGGCUAUAAAACUGCUAGUUGUGGACGAGGCGCACAGAGCGAAGGGACGUUACGCGUAUACACAAGUAGCUGAAUCCAUAUUUGCACGCAAUCCUUACUUCCGAGUCCUGGCACUGUCCGCAACACCGGGACGCACCAUAGACGAUGUGGCUGCUGUGUGCCGCAAUCUAUUUAUUUCGCAUCUGGAGGUGCGCUCGGAUAACUCCAUCGAUGUUGUCCAGUAUGUGCAUCAGCGCAGUUUCCGCACCAUAAUCGUGCCUCUGAGUGAGCAGCUGAAGGAGCUGCGCCAGCGCAUGAUCCAGAUCAUUGACCCUUAUCUGCGACAGCUUGUGGCCUCGGAUGUGCUAAGUGGUUCGCACUCCAAUUUCAAUCGCAACUUUCUGCUGUUUGAGCAAAAGCGGUUUCAGGAGCGUGCCGCCAAUGGUCAACGUCAUCCCGAGCACAGCCUGAUCGCUGGCACCUUCUCCAUGUGUAUUAGUCUGUAUCAUGCUCUGGAGCUGCUCGAGAAGCACGGCCUUCGCGUAUUCGUCAAUAGUUUUGAUGCGGAUGAGGAUGGACGGGACAAGUUUGUGCUGGUACGGGAUGCAGGGUUACGUGAACUUGUCGACGCGCAGCGCCAGCAAUUGGGCCCGAAUCCCUUCGAUGUGUCAACAGCAACCAUGACUAAUGGCCAAAUGGCGCCAAUGCCAUCCCAGUUAGACUUUGGACAUCCCAAAUAUGAGCGGGCGCGUCAAGUAUUGCUCGAAUAUUUUCAGACUAAUGCCGAGUCGCGAGCCAUUGUAUUUUGCGAGUAUCGUGAGUCCGUGAUGCUGAUUCAACGCCUACUCCUGCAACACACGCCACUGCUGCGCCCACGCUGCUUUGUCGGCCAGGGGGGCACCACCGGGGCCAUUCGUGCUCUCACCCAGAAACAGCAGAUGCAGAUUAUGAACGAUUUCCGCAGCGGUACUAGCAAUGUUUUAGUAGCCACCUCCAUUGGCGAAGAGGGCAUCGAUGUGGGCGAGGUGGAGCUCAUCGUUUGUUUCGACAUAUGCACAUCGAACCCGACACGUUUUGUGCAGCGCAUCGGACGCACGGGGCGCCAGAAACGCGGACACGUUGUCAUGCUGGCCACAGAGGGACGGGAAGAGCAAGUUCUGAAAGAGGUGCUGGCUACUCGGGAUAAAACCAAUCGCAAACUUCUGCAAUCCCCGUUGGUAAAACGUGCGCUUUACGACCACUGUCCGCGUCUAGUGCCCACAGAAUUCAAUCCCAAGUGUGUGCAGAAGUUUAUGGAACCACAAAAACAAGCGGACGCAACGCCGCCUAAAUCGAAGGCCAAGGAAGCCAAAUCUAAGGAGCCCAAGACAAGGAAAGUCAAUAAAAAGGCGACCAACGUGAAAAAUCAUGAUCUGCGAAAAUUCUUUGUACGAACGGAGCCUCCGUUGCUAGACACACAGGAGCGAUUGGUGUUUGAACAGGAGGGCGAAACGCCGCCACAACCUUACGUCAUGAGUGAGGCAUCACAGCAGCAAAUACGAGCGGAUUGUGCUCGCCGUAGUGCUGGAAAAAUCAAAAACUUUCUGCUGGACACCCAGGCCGCAGAACCGUCCUCGCCACCGCCACCUGCAAUUACCAGCAGCAGCCAGCAGGAGGCGCAGCGUCUGCGCAAGUUGAACCGUCUUCUCCAGUCCUCGAAGCCUUUGCUAAACGAGUCGCAGCGUAGCCAGAGCCUUGCCACACAGCUCCAGGACAAGGUGCUGCCGCUCAGUCUCAAAAAGAUGCUGCUGCGACACAAUCGCCGAUAUGUGCAAGAGGUGUGCGAAAAAAUGCGACUGCAACAGGAGCUUAACCUGCCAAACGAGCGCCUGAAUUCACGUCAGCGAAGUACCCGGCGGCAACACGAACAAUUACUAGACAUCUGUGGCGAUGGUGUCGAUAAUUUGGCGGACCUUCAGCGAUCCCCAAGCCCUAAAGCAAAUCUAAGAAAGCAAGAACUUGCCGAGCUGCAACAUAUCGGAGAGAAUGCUGACCUUGAAGGAAUAUUGAAUGAUAUAUUUGAGGGACUAGACGAGCAAGGACUAUGCGCUGACAACUGUGAGCUUGUGCAGCAACAAUUAAAUGUGAUGGAACGGACAGUGCGGCAACAACAGGACGAGCCACAGUCCAGAGUCUACGAUGGCGGCACAUUCUCCUUCGAGGAGUUAGAGGAGGGGCUAGGGGAAGAGACUUUGCAAGAGGGUGUCGAUAACUCAAUGUCUCGCAGUCAUUGGCAGGAAUUUAAAACAGAUGCAGCGCAGCAUAAAUCAACGCCACUCAAAGCUGAUGUCUCCCACAGUCGGAUUAAGGUCAACAACAAGUUGGACACUUUAGAGGAGGAAGAGGAGCAAACGACCCGAGUAGAGGCGAGCGAAUUGAGCAUAAAUUUAACUCGUCUCAACAAUAUCUUAUCUGUGGCCACUAGUACGCCGCUAGGCGUUAAAACUAAACCUGUGCAGGAGACUCUUCUCAACGCGCUAGAAACGGAUCUGUCUACCUUCGAGCAGCUGGCACUGCAGGUAGAAGCCAAAACAGCGGCCCAAAAGACAAACAAUAACAACAACAGUCCCAGCAAAAUAAUACCAGACCACAAACUGAUGGGAACGGCAGAGAAGACGCCUGAUUGCCUAGAUGUGCUCGACCUAGAUCUGGACGACUUUUUGGAGCCUCUGCCCGAAGAGCAAAUGCUGCAGGAACAGCGCACACUGAGAGAACCAACACCAUCUCCUAGUACGAGCCUCAAAGAGAACUGCAAUUUGCAUAGCAAUCAGCUCCUGCUUUCCCCCGCUCAACGCAAUUGCUCGCCCGAUCUCUUUGCAGAAGAAUCCAUGUCACCAUGGAAGCCGGCAUCGCCAAAACGGCCAGUGCCGAGCAAGAGCUUGGCAGCUAAGCUGGCAGAGAAGACGUCAAAGGUGCCGUCCAGGCAACCCCGUCCAACCACACCCAGUUCACCGGAACAACGUGAACGUCCAAAAUUGGGCGGAACGGAUAAAUCACCCAGCAUUUUUGAUUUAUAUCUAAAACGCAUGCGCGGCCGCGGUCAUUUAGGAAAGGCAGCCAAAGCGGUGCAUCUCAGCUCAUCCUCAAUUGCAAAAGCACAAGAGGUUGCACCUCCGAACAAGGAGCAAGACGAUUCCCCCAUUAUCGCUCGACGUCAGCCUAAACGCAAGAUUAUUGCUAGCGACUCCGAUGAAGAGGUGGCAGAAACGGAGCCUAUAUCCCUAGCCGAUAACAGCAGCGACAUGGAGCAGGUGCCAGCCACUCAGAUGCAAGAGACGCCUCCAGUCCCUCGAAAACGGCGUAAAUUCAACUCAUUCAUAAUUAAUGAAGCCGAAAUGAGCGGCUCCGAUCAUGAUGAAGAGGCGGAGCAUACCAUAGGGGGCUACAUUAAAGAUUCUGUGAUAGUUUCCAGUGAGGACGACGACGAUGGUCACAACGAUACAACCUCACAUGCCAUGUACCUGCAAGCUCUAAGAAGUCCUGUACGACGACCUGGUGCUUUCAAAAUACCCGCACGCCGUGUUUAUAACGACGAAUCGCACAUUUAUUCGCAACAACGUGAACUGGAGCCAUCACAGUACAUACCCAGUUCGUUUAUUGUAGACGAGGCAGAGACAGACAUAUCGGCUCGAGAGACGCGGGACGUUUCCGAGUGUCCUCUGGAGCGGGCCGAGCGCAUUCUGAAGGAGGAGCGACGCCAAAAGCGUCGUCUAAAACGUUUCGGCUCGCCCCAACCAAGACCCCAGCAGUCCAAGCGUCGUCGCGUGCAACCAAUGGCGAACAGUUCAAGCGAUGAUGACGAUAUCGGGUUUGUAAGAUAACGAUCAGCCAUAUCGGAAUAAGACUACUUUGUAAAGUGAACUUGUAUUUCUUCUAUAUAGUAUUUUAUGUUUAUGUUUAUUGAGUAAUGACAUUAAGUUUCUGUUUGUUUAAUACUUUGGUCUGUAUUCGCUUAACUUCACGCUGAAAAGAAAAAGUGGAAGAAUAGGGAUGUUGUGUUAUAGUGCCAUAAUAAUAAGCUUUUCAAUUUAAAUUGACAGUUUAAAAGAUAUUUAUGCAAUUAAAGUAUCAGAACAGAGUUAUCUUACCUUAA